AUGAACGCAUAACACAGUAAUACUGUACUGCAACAACAAAGAAUAAGAAGAACAGCAAUGCCCAAACGGCAACGAGUGAGAGUCAAAGAGGGAAAGUACAGCAGCAACAACACAACGACAAUGGCCGGUCGCCAGCAGCUACUACCGUUCAUAGCUGUCAUACUACUGUUUAGUCCGUGGUCAUUGGCGCAAGAACCAGCAGAUGUUCACUUUUUUGCCGAGUGCCGUGGAGACAAUGGUGGCUGUUGGGUCUUGGACUACUACUGUCGCAUCAGUGAAGGCGCAUGUGUGCCUUGUCCCAAUGAAGGAGUGGCUGUUACAGAGGACGAUUGUAUCUUGGACAACAGCCAGCACGCAAGCAAUUGGAACAACACUAGUAAUAGCAGUACUACUCUCGAUGUACAAUCGUGCGUGGACAGCUGUAUCAAGCCACAAGCAGGAGACGAUUGUUCGGAAAGCAACUCUUGCGAUGAACGACAAUCCUUUUGCAAUUACGAUGCGAUUUUGACCACCAUCACCAACUACACGGAAGAAGAUGAAAUGGGAGAGUUGGUGCUACAGCAACAAGAAGAAGAAGAACAAACUGGAACCUGUCAACCUUGCUAUCAAGAUGUCACGGAGUGUGUCCAGAAUCCAUCCAUUCACAACACUUUUGGACAAGAAGAGUGUCUUCUCUGUGACGACAGAACUUGCUUUCCCAUGCAUUUCACUAUAGUAGAAGAAACUACUAGUAUUGACAACACAACAACAAUCAUCAACAGCAUGGCACUGCGUGGCUCUCCUCCAUCCGUGGUCCAUGGACCUUUAGUCGAUUGCACCAAUCUCAUCUACGACGGUCAAGAAACGUGUGACAAUCAUUCUCCCAACAAAGACGCUAUUUGCUUGGUCAAUGACAAGACACGCAAUACACUCUACAUUGACGUCAUUCGAAAAUGCGAGGCAUUGGGCGGCAUUGGAGUGGUCUUUUACGGAGACUACGAGCCACGAACGCCCAACAAUCAAACAUGGACGGGAAAUACCAACUUUGAAACGGCCGACAUUCCCUCCGUCUCCAUUUCCUACAAUGACGCCGAACGUCUCCAACAACAAAUAGUACUCGGUAGUGGUCCUUGGCUGUCCAUCAACGCUACAAUGAAGGACAAUACUGUGAUUACAAGUGGAGUCAUGGCCGAAGGAUUUUGUCGCUCCUGUCCCACGGACGACGAUGGCAAUCCGGAUCCACUCGCCUGUUUCUUUAAUCGGCAAGAUGUCGGUCGGGUCACGGCCCAAAAGGCCAUUGAGUCCUGUGCUCGCACAUGUGCCAGUGAACUCGUCUUUCCCGAAUGCAAGUUUUGUCCCGACGAUGUCACGGGGGCGUUUGACUUUGGAUCGUCCGAUGAAAACAAGUGCCACUUUUGUCCCAACAAUGAUGUCCUCUAUCCCGACAAGGAGUUUCCGCUCUUUGGACAAGGCAUUUAUUGCUGGCAAGUCCAAAAACUAUUUGAAACGGCACGCAUUGAUGCCGAUUCCACCAAUUGUCAACUCGCGCAAAUGAUGAAUUAUGUCUGUGGCUGCGCUGGACCGGGAUAUGCCGGGGCGUCCACCAACACCAAAAAGGCACUACUGGCAUGGCUGCCCAGGGUCAUGGCCAUUCUAUCACUUCUCGGAUCAUCCUAUAUUAUCUAUGAUGCCUACAAGGAGGACCAUCAAAAGGUCAUGAAUCAAUUGCUCAUUGUGCUGAGUGUGUUUGAUAUUUUGGGAUCCAUUGGGUAUGCCCUGACGACUCUUCCCAUGCCAGAGGAUGAUCCCUAUGGACCCUUCUACGGAGCACAUGGCAACCAAGGAACCUGUACCGCGCAGGCAUUCUUGAUCCAAAUGGGAACCAUCUCGGCCUAUAUCAAUGUCAGCUUGGCCGUGUACUACUUUUUGGUCAUUACAUAUGGUUGGCAAGAAGAACGAGCCCGUUCCAUUCGUCCCGUUUUGUUUGGGGUGCCACUUCUCGUGGGAUUCACAUUUGCCUUUGCGGGAAUCCCAUUCUAUGGGAGUUUGGUGCUUUGGUGCAACAAUACCGCCUCGUAUUGGCCCGAUAUCCCCGUGGCCGUGGCAAUUGGACUGGCCACCAUGGUCAUGGGGACCAUGUGCUUUAGUGUCUACCAGACGGAACAAAGAGCAUCCAAGUGGCGCAGUGGAGCGAGUCGAUUGCCAUCAAGAGUCUUUUGGCAGAGUUUCUGGUAUCUCAUGGCAUUCUACGUUACCUGGCCAGUGUAUCUGGCAUUGCAGUACUCCUGGGCCAGUGGUAGUUCCUUUACGCGGUACGGCUGGACGUUGGCCGCCGCGACAAUGGUUCCACUGCAAGGCUUUUGGAACUUUUUCGUCUACAUCAAACCGAGGUACAUGAACCAAGCCAUGCAAUCUAUUCGAAGGAGUUUAGGCCCACGGACGUCUCUUCCUACUCGAGCAACAUCCAGUGGAUUUUCGGGGAUCUGGAGCAAACUGUGGUCCGGGGAUCACCACAAGUCAAAUAAUAGCAAUGGUGUCAAUCCGCCAGCAAUCCAUUUCUCCGGCAUUAGCGAUGAUGCAGACUCAAAUCAACGUGGAACAUCAUCCGGCGACAAUGAGAACACGGUUACAACCCAUGAUGUGAGCAAUAACCACAAAGUCUCGAGUGCAGUGGAGGCUGCUGAAUGUGACGAAGAAGAGGCAAAGGUCGAGUUGGAAUGA